UCCCCCUUCGAAUGAUGAAAGUGAAACCAGGAAGUGAAGCAGUUGGGUGAAGAGAGGGUCAAUCGAGCUGUGGGAUUUUUUCGGUGGUUGUGGGGUGUGUGGAAGCGCGGUGUGUGAUCGCAGCAGUAGCAGCGAGUCAGCCCGGGCUGAGGGCCCCUCGAUUGCAUUCACUUCACUCCGGGCGGCGCGAUGCCAGAAGCGAUCGGAGGCGCUAAGGAAAAAGCAAGGCUUCCGGAAUCUUAGUUUUAAAAGUGUAGUCACCCACCGAUAGGAUUUCCCGUGUGAUCAAUAAGAUCAAUUCCAGAGCGGGGGAGUUUCGGUUUCAUUCUCUCCUUUUCUAAAAAAGGACAAUCGAAGUUGGCCGACUGGGCAAUUGGGUAUUAAACAGUCAGCGAGAGGAUGCGAGAGGGACAAGGCAGCGAAAUGGAAGGGGUUUACCAGCAAACGACAGAACCGAUCCAGAACACUGACUCCUGCUGUCACCUGGGUUACCUUCGCAGUCGCAAGGGGAUCCUGAAACUGCUUCAAGUGAUCUUAUCAUUUGUGGCCUUUAUUCUGGAGGAAAUAGUGCAGAGCUGCAUGUACUGUCAUGCGCUUUACUUCUUCGAGUUUGUCAGCUGCAGUGCCUUCUUACUGACUUCCUUCCUGCUGUUUGUACUGAUGACCAGUCUGAAAUCAAAAUUGAACCGGAUCAGCUGGCCACUAGUGGACUUUAGUUACACUGUUGUGAUAGCAGUACUGUUCCUCAUCGCUGCCAUUGUGUUUGCCGCACAGAAUGAUGGGUCUGGUUUGGAGAAAACGUCUGUGGCAUUUGGAUUCCUUGCUACAAUUGCCUUUUUUGUGGAUGUGGUGCUGCAUAUAAAGGAAGAGGGUCUGCCCAGGAAGGAAAGGGAGGAUAAGCCAGUUGAAGCCAAAAAAGGUUCAGAAAAUGUGAAGCCGGAAACUGAGCCACUGAAUGAGCUAGGAAGUGUGCCUGAAUGAGCUACAGAAGCAGUUGUCCUGUUUCUAAAAGCAGACACAUUCGAAUUUGAGUUUCCAGAGUUGUUCAGUCAACAAUAGCAAAAACAAAAAUCAAAGCUUUGUUACACUUGUUGAUCUGGUUGAGAGUAUUUGUCCUAGAUUUGUGGGGAUUCAAUAAGAAUUGCUUUCUGUCAGUUACCUGUUUAUCUUAAUACAAUCUACUGUACAUUCAAUGAAAAUUAAUUAAUUGAACUUAUAUUGCAACUACCUAUGAUGGUUUAAUGCCUCAGAGAUAGUAGGAACUGCUGAUGCUGGAGAAUCUGAGAUAACAAGGUCUAGAGCUGGAUGAACACAGCACACUAAACUGCAUCAGAGGAGCAGGAAGGCUGACGUUUCGGGCCUAGACCC